CGAGGGUGGCGGGUAGCCCCGGAAACAAUCUGUGCCCUCGGUCACCGGGAGCUGGCGAGGUGUCCUCCGCGGUGCAGAGUGGCCAGGGGGACCGGCCUCGAGCUGCCCCCGUUCCAGAGGGUGAACCUCUGCAGGGUUACCGAUGAAUCGUUACGCGAUACAGCAUGUGCAGGAAAGUGCACACAACGGACAUGCCCAGAGAGUAAUCAGUAAUAAAACAGGCAGGCAUGUAAAGUCAUCAAGUCAGCCGGACGCCCGCGUAACCUGUCUUUGGAUGUGGAGCCUUGUUGCAAGGCCUGUAACGGAUUGGCUUCUUUCCAAACUGAGGUGGUGGCGUAAUACCUCAUUUUUCAGCCAGCAGCGCCUGCAGUUCCUUUUUGGACUCCUGUAAUAAGAAAAACUACUGGCGGAAGUUAACUACUGAAGCCCCGACAGACCUGGAAUGGCCAAAUAUCAAGGUGAAGUUCACAGUUUGAAACUGGAUGAUGAUUCAGUCAUAGAAGGAGUAAGUGACCAAGUACUUGUGGCAGUUGUGGUCAGUUUCGCUUUGAUUGCUACCCUGGUAUAUGCACUUUUCAGCAGAAAUGCACAUCAAAACAUUCACCCAGAAAACCAAGAGCUAGUACGGGUGCUUCGGGAACAACUUCAAACAGAACAGGAUGCACCUGCUGCUGCCCGACAGCAGUUCUACACUGACAUGUACUGUCCGAUUUGUUUACAUCAAGCUUCCCUCCCUGUUGAAACAAACUGUGGACAUCUCUUUUGUGGUACCUGCAUUGUGGCGUACUGGCGAUACGGUUCAUGGCUUGGGGCAAUCAGUUGUCCAAUCUGUAGACAAACGGUAACUUUACUGCUAACAGUAUUUGGUGAAAAUGACCAGUCUCAGGAUGCUGUAUCAUUGCAUCAAGAUAUUAAUGAUUAUAACCGGAGAUUCUCAGGGCAGCCCAGAUCUAUUAUGGAAAGAAUUAUGGACCUACCCACUUUACUGAGGCAUGCAUUCAGGGAGGUGUUUUCCGUCGGAGGCCUUUUCUGGAUGUUCCGUAUCAGGAUAAUACUUUGUUUAAUGGGGGCUUUUUUCUAUCUCAUAUCGCCUCUAGAUUUUGUGCCUGAAGCCCUGUUUGGAAUUCUAGGCUUUCUCGAUGAUUUCUUUGUCGUCUUUUUGUUGCUCAUCUAUAUCUCUAUUAUGUACCGAGAAGUAGUAACACAGAGACUCAACAGAUGAGAGAAUGAGUGCACUAAAAUAUUUGAGCCAAUGUGUAAAAUCAAACAAAAGGACCAUGACAGUUUAAAGCAUUUGAAUAUUAUCUUACAAGUUUAAAACCACCGUAUGACGAACAUUUGAUUGUCAUUUGGCAAAUGCCUAGCAAUAUAUGACUGGAAUUUUUACAUGUUGCAGGUUCCAAUAGUAAGGUUAGAAUUAUAGUGAUUUACAACUGUAUCUUCAUUCUGUGUUGUCUAUCAAGUUGUGGAAAAAAUAUGGAAUUAUAUAAAAUGGGAUGCUUCUAUAUCUUCUCCCCCACCAAGCUAUUCAGGUUAACUGGAUGUAUAGUAAGGUGUUGUCAAAGGUACAGUUUAUCCAAUUCCUCCUUCUCGGUGAGUACCUACGUGAUAAUAUAUUGCUGUGAGACUCACCUAAGUAUUUUGGUUACAAUAAAAUAUUGUACAAUAUUGGGGAAAAGUCAGUGUUUCUUUGAGUAGCUAGGUUUUGUUCAUUUGGAGCAGUUCUGCUUUUCCAUUCUGAUAGAAUUCUUUGCUACCAGCUGAAGGGGAAAAAAGGAACUUGAACUUUGUUAAUUUGAUUUCAUAUUCUGGUUUACAGAACACUUUCUUAAGCGAUAGGGAGCUUUUGUUUCAGGAACCUGGGUGAUGCUGCAGACACAUGGCAGUUUGGUACGUUCCUGAGGAAGCUGGUUCUCCGUAGCUGUGAACAUCAAAGCCCUGAGGAGGGCACUAGGAACACCAUUUAAAUCUGACAAGAGAAAUUACUGGUGAGCUAUAGCAACAGAAUGUACAGAUUUGGUUUGUUUUCUCUAGUCAGAACACUUUUGUAAUACUGUCCCUAGAUGACAGAAUAUAGCCCAGAUUCAUCAGGCCUUGUGCAGAAUGAGAUGACUCAGCAGGAACGUUAUCUUGGUUUUUGGAUGACUACAGCCUAAGCACUUAACGCUCUCUUAUGCAGUUUUCUGUUUGAGAAGAAUCAAAACCGCAAGUAUUACGAAAUCUUAACUCCCUCAGCUGGCACUGCCCUCGAGUGACCUGGACAGCAGGGUAGUCACUGAUCCCCAGGGCUCAGGCAGUGUCAGCUCUGUGCCUGGCAGCCACUGCUAGUCCUCCUGUCCACUCAUGUAUCAGUGAGCCUCACUGUCACAGUCUUCCAGGUGAAUCAGAGGCCAUCAACUGAUGAGAUGCUGAAUGACACAUCAGCAGUGUCUUGUAAUUUGGGCGUAAGACAAAGCUGCUGCUUGUCACAGAGAAAAACAAAAUCCUUAAGUAUAGCACGUUGUAAUUAAAGCAAUUUCUUGCAUACUGUUCAUUUAAUCCUCAAGAGAGUUAGGUGAAGAAGGCAGGGCAUUACCUUCCUUUUCAUAGAUGAAAUCCCUGACGUAGAUGAAAGGGUUUUUUUUUUGUCUGAAGCCAUGCACAGAUAAGUGACCGAACUGGUAUUAGACUCCUAGGACUCCUACAUGGGGAGAAACUGGGAUCCUUUGGAAGACUUUUGGAACAUACUGGGUGGAGUAGGACAGCUUGGGUUCUCCUAAGAGCAAAGGUCUAGAAAGAUUACGUAUCAAGACUCCACGAAUCCUGAUUCACCAUGUCCAAAUCAAAGUUCUUAUAGGGUGGCACACUUCACAGGAAACUGUUUCAGCUGCAAUCACUAACUUGAGAAGCUAAUGAGUAGGAAUUCGUUACACCACCAUUUACCAGUCUCGAAACGCAUUGCCUACCAAUUACAAAUUUGGUGUGGGGUUAUGGCAAAGGCAUUUUUGAAAGGAUUUAAUUUUCUGUGCAUGUGUUCUGCUUCAAGUGUCACACUUAGUUACAAUACUUUUAUUGUAAUAUUUGGAAUUCCUUCUAAGACUUUCCUGGUAGAGGCGUAUUGUACCAACUUCUGUAACAUACAAAAACACUGUAUGAAGUCUUACUAAGUUGAAAAGGGAAUAUGCUGUCUUCACAGAAUUUUAGAUCUGUUUAUUAUGUCAUCUUUAUUGAUCAGUGAUAAUAAAUGUAGAAGGGAUCCGAGAGUAUUUAAAGCAAGUAGAGUCAAUCAGUGUUUUAAAUUUUUAAACAUCAUAGUAAUACUUCUGUGAUUCAGAGUUAGAGCAUAUAAAUCAAAGCAACAGUUUGGAUUCGUGUAAACAACAAUAUUGUAACUUUCAAAAAACAGAUGGUCCAGCCCCAGGGGCAGAUGAUAACUCGGGCAGCUCUGUGGGGAGGGAGACGGAGGAAACAGCUGUUCUAACCAUCCACUAGAACAGUGGUUCCAGCUACUGCAGUUCUCAGCACUGAAAGUGACACGGGAAGAAAGGACUGUGCUGGUCCCUGUGGCUGUGUGGAUGCCUACCUCACAGAGCUGUUUCAGAGGACUGACAGUUUGGUUCAAACCUUGUGAUUUAAGAGUUUGUCAAGCAGUGGCUCUUUUGAAUAAAUGCAACAUAUCUAAAAUUAAAAA